AUGCUGCCGGGGAUUGAUAUUCCCUUUCUCUGGCUUUCCAAGGCCAUCGGGGCAUCUGUCGAUGAACUCAAGCUGCUGGCAAUCUUUCUACUUUCGUACCCGUUGGCUGCUGUCUUGAAACGACUUCCCGACGACAAGCCACAAUGGAAGAACAUAUUCAGUGUCUCCAUCACCCUCUUCUAUCUCCUUGGCGUGUAUGAUCUUUGGAGCGGGACGGUUACUUUGCUUAUAGACGCAAUUGGCACCUACCUAAUAGCCUACUAUGUCGAUGGCUCGCUGAUGCCAUGGCUAGUAUUUACUUUUUUGAUGGGCCAUAUGUCGAUCAGCCACGUUGAACGGCAAAGGAUUGCCGACCCGAGUCUUAUAGACAUAACGGGAGGCCAAAUGGUCUUGAUCAUGAAGCUGCAUGGGUUCAGCUGGAACGUGCAUGACGGGAGACUGAAAGGCGAAUUGUUGACCGACCUCCAGAAAGACCGCGCAGUCUACAAGAUGCCCGACCUGCUCGACUUUGCGGGAUAUGUUUUCUUUUUUCCCUCCAUCUUCACCGGCCCGUCAUUUGAAUACGCCGACUACAAACGAUGGCUCGAUGGAAGCAUAUACGAUGCACAACCUCCUGGCAGUAAAGCAGCAUCUUCCAAGAAGGGCAAACGACGCAUCCCGCACUCCACAGUCCCCGCGGUGCGCAAAGCCAUUGGCGGUCUUAUCUGGAUCGGCGCCUUCCUGCAAUUCUCGCAAUGGUACUACGUACCCUUUUUCCUAUCGGACGAAUACAUGAAAUACUCGUUCCCGUACCGGGUCUGGCUCCUGCAGAUGCUCGGCUUUGCCACGCGCACAAAGUACUACGGGGUGUGGUCACUAACAGAAGGGGCGUGCAUCAUGGCCGGGAUCAGCUACAACGGUAUCGACGAAAAGACCGGACAGGCAAAAUGGGACCACCUGGAGAAUGUCAACCCUUGGGGCAUCGAGACAGCCCAAAACUCGCGCGCGUACCUGGACAACUGGAACAAAAACACAAACAAGUGGCUGCGCAACUACAUCUACCUGCGGGUCACGCCCAAAGGUCGAAAACCCGGUUUCCGCGCCACGCUGGCGACCUUUUUGACCUCGGCGCUCUGGCACGGCUUCUACCCGGGCUACUACCUGACGUUUGUGCUGGCGGCGUUCAUCCAGACGGUGGCCAAAAAUUUCCGACGAUACGUGCGGCCGUUCUUCCUCACGCCGGACGGGACAAAACCCACACAAUACAAGAUCUACUACGACGUGCUGGGCUACGUGGCCACACAACUAGCAUUCUGCUUCACGACCGCGCCCUUUGUGAUUCUGGGCUUCAACGACUCCUUGAAAGUCUGGGCGCGGGUGUACUUCUACACCGUAAUCGGCGUCGCCGCGUCCCUCGGAUUCUUCGCCUCGCCCGCCAAACGCUUCCUGACCAAGAGACUCGACAAGCGCAACCACCCACACCUGCGCAAGACCAUCGCCGAAGAAACCCAACACCCGCCCUCUUUGGGCCUGCCGAACGAUCCCGCGCGCGAGAUCGACGAGGCCAUCGACGAGAUCCGGAACGACAUCGAGACCCGUCGCCGCCGCGGCAGCACGGGAGCCACCAUGCCCAGCGGCGAGGGCCUGAAACAAGCCAUCGAGCAAAAACUCGGCCGCAAGCUCGAGAUGCCAGAGUGGAAACUGCCGCAAGUUUUCGGGGGCGAUUCCCAGCAACAACAGAAUCUCGUGGCGGAUAAGGCCAAGGGUGCCGAGAUUGCCAGGAAGGCGGCGGCGGCCACGACAAAUACAAAGGAGGAGGGGAAGAAAGUCAGGUGA